UGGCAAGCCAGGAAAGCGGGAAAUGCAGUUGAUGUUUCCCACGGGUUGCAUCUGGCCAAUGCUUGCCGUCUAGGAAGCGCCAGCAUCGGCGCCAGGCCGGGGUCCAUCACCAAUGAGGCGGCAGAAGUAGCCGUUUGGCUGACAGCCGUCACACGCCUAGUGUGUGAUGGGGAAGGCGAUCUGCAUGCUCCCAGCAACCCUCUACGCACCGAGACUAAGAGAAGAAUCUGCCCGCCCGUUGGUGGAUGGCUCAAUACCUUCGUGCUAGAGGGAAGAAAUGUCGAGGCAGGGGGACGAUGA